UCCUCACGCAAAUUUCCAACUCAUGCCUCCACCACGCUUGGGAGUUUGGGACUCCAUUCCAAUCUGAGCAAGAGAGACGAAGGAAAGGACAAUGGUAUUUGUUUUGGAACCUUUUAGAAAGGGAAGGAUAUAAGGCGAGAGAGAGAGAGAGAGAAAGCCAACCGGUUGAGUAGAGUUUUGUAGGUGUUUGUCACUGUUUGCCACCCCAUUGACCUUUUUAUGGGACCGUGAAAAUCCUUGUGCAUCAAAUACUAAAAGUGGGUCAUUCUUUGUUUUUGAGGUCCUACUCUCCCACUUGUUGGUCUUUGCUGCUGCAUCUCUUAAACUUUUUCAAAACUAACCCCUCUGCUACCCCUUCUCUCUUUUCUAUGUGUUCUCUUCCUCCCUAAGUCCAAAAAAGAUCUAUGUUUUUCACUAUCUGGCUAUUGGUUUAUUCUUGUUCAAGGUUGCAAGGAUCAUAUGUUUUGAUGGUGCUAUUGCCUGUGCUGUGCAUGCAUGCCAGUGUGCUAUGUGUUUGAGUUUCAAUUCUGUUUCUUUUUGUUAUCUUCAAGGUUAAGGUUGUUGUUGUUUUGUGAAAGGGAGGGUGUUAUUUUUCAAUUCAAGCAUCUGGGUAUUCUUGAUACUGGGAAAGCUGUUCUGGGUAUUGCUUGAAGUGAUUGUUGUGGCUAUUGGAUUUGAUGUAUUGAUUUUGGGUUCACUUGUGGGUGUGAAGCAAAAGGGGCUUUUUGGAUUUGGUUCAACCUUUUAUUUUCUGAGGUGAUUUUUUUCACUGAUUAAGUUUUCAUGCUUGGUCCAAGACAAUGGAGAGGUUUAUGGCCAGAUUUUUAUUUCUUUAGCAUUGAACACUUCAACAGCUCUGGGAAAUAACAUGAAGAACUUUCUUAAGAAGCUCCACAUCAUGUCUAAUCAAUCACAAGAUGCAGAAGGGUCAAAUUCAUCAAAGGGCAAUAAGUCCAUUGAUGCAUCUUCCCCUGAUAGGGUUUUACCCUCUAGGUCCAAUGAGCAUAAACCCUUCCCAGGUAUUCCCAAUUGGUUGAAUAAAAAAAGUCCUAGUCCACCAUCAUCUUCAAAUGUGACUAGAGGAGAGAGGACCGAGCCAUCUGAUUCGAUUAGUAGUAGUGGUUUGGAUGUUUCUGAUGCAGCCAGGCGUGACUCAGGGUCUUCGAGGGAUCCUGAAAUUGAGGAGGAAUAUCAAAUUCAGCUGGCUUUGGAAUUGAGUGCUAGAGAGGAUCCUGAGGCAGUUCAGAUCGAGGCUGUCAAGCAAAUAAGUCUGGGCUCUUGUGCUCCUGAGAAUACUCCAGCUGAAGUUGUUGCUUACCGAUACUGGAAUUACAAUUCUCUUGGCUAUGAUGACAAGAUCUUGGAUGGUUUUUAUGACCUGUAUGGAAUUUUGACCGAGUCCACAUCAGAACGAAUGCCUUCUCUAGUUGACUUGCAAGGAACAUCAAUUAAAGAUGGUGUCAGCUGGGAAGCAGUGCUAGUGAAUAGGGCUGCUGAUGCUAACUUGUUGAAACUUGAACAGAAGGCACUAGAGAUGGCGGUCAAGUCAAGGUCUGAAUCUCUAGUUUUCACAGAUAGAGAUUUUGUGCAAAAGCUUGCUAUUUUAGUUUCUGAUUACAUGGGUGGGUCAGUUGCGGAUCCUGACAACAUGACAAGAGCAUGGCGGAGUCUUAGCUACAGUUUGAAAGCAACACUUGGCAGCAUGGUUUUACCACUUGGUUCUCUUACAAUUGGAUUGGCUCGCCAUCGUGCAUUAAUGUUUAAGGUUUUGGCUGACAGCAUAGGCAUACCAUGCCGGCUGGUAAAAGGUCAUCAAUACACUGGUUCUGAUGAUGUGGCCAUGAAUUUUGUAAAGAUUGGUGAUGGAAGGGAAUACAUCGUUGAUCUAAUGGCUGAUCCUGGCACACUAAUUCCUGCUGAUGUAGCUGGAUCACAUAUAGAAUAUGAUGAGUCUUUCUUUGCUGCUAGUCCUUUGUCUCAAGCCAUCGACUCAUCUUAUAGAGCUUCUUCUAGUAGUGGACUAGCUAGUUCAUUUGAAGAACAUUCAGAUGCUGGGACCUUGGAGAAGAGAUCCAGAUUCAGGAAUGUUUCUGCUGCAGGAAACCAAUCUGAGGACAGGUGUGAAUUUAAUGAAUUUGCAAAUUUGACCAGGAUAAUUAAAGGUGAAGAAGAAGCCAAGACGUCCUUAGAUGAUUUUAAGAAACCUUCCAAUGCAGAGAAGGUGCUGGUGCGGGAGGGUCCUAGCAGGCCUAAUUAUCCUUUUGCACAUGCAAGAUGUCCUUCAUGGACUGAAGGUGUUAGCUCUCCUGCCGUACGUAGAAUGAAAGUGAAAGAUGUUUCGCAAUACAUGAUUGAUGCUGCCAAAGAGAAUCCACAGUUAGCCCAGAAACUUCAUGAUGUAUUACUAGAAAGUGGUGUUGUUGCUCCCCCUAGCCUGUUUACUGAAAUUUAUCAUGAGCAGUUGGAUGGAUCAACUACUGAGGCCAAGUCCCCUGUAGAAGAUAAGGAUGACCACAAACUGAAGAGUGAAUCCUGGCAUAUGAAAGAUCAAGAUGAUCUUGGUCCUGCUCGAUUUUUGCCCCCUCUGCCUCAUCACAGAUUGCAUUCUAAAGCAAGUCUUGCUUUUAACCAACCUGAGCAACUUAAACCUGCGGAAGGUUUAGGGGUCAACCAUCCUUUUGCUACGAGAGAGUUCACUGGGCAACCCGUGUCAUUGCAGUCUGAAGUAACUCCUGUGAGUUGCACAAAAAAUGUUCCUGUUGCUGCAGCAGCAGCUGCUGCUGCAGCUGUUGUUGCAUCUUCUAUGGUUGCUGCUGUGGCAAAGUCAAGCACUGACUCAAACCUUCCUGUAGCAGCUGCUGCCACUGCUACUGCUGCAGCUGUUGUUGCAACAACUGCAGCUGUCAGUAAGCAGCAUGAGCAGUGUGCGCGAAGUGAAGGAGAUGCAAAUGGUUCUGGUUAUGAGCCACAGGGUAGUGGGGACGGUGGUAAUGGUGGCCAAGAACGUGAUGCUGUUGGGGAACAUUCGGAAGGUGAGAGAAUAUUUGAUAGAUCAGCUGGCAGUGGUAGCUUGAAGUCUGACGCAGCACUAGAUGACGUUGCAGAGUGUGAGAUUCCUUGGGAGGAAAUCACCUUGGGGGAACGUAUUGGACUUGGAUCAUAUGGGGAGGUCUAUCAUGGAGACUGGCAUGGAACUGAGGUGGCUGUGAAGAGAUUCCUGGACCAAGGUAUCUCUGUUGAAUCACUUGAAGAAUUCAGAACUGAGGUUCGAAUCAUGAAAAGACUCAGACAUCCCAAUGUGGUUCUCUUCAUGGGAGCGGUAACUCGUGCCCCAAAUCUUUCCAUUGUUACAGAAUUUCUUCCUAGAGGUAGUUUGUAUAGACUAAUUCACAGGCUUAACAAUCAAUUAGAUGAGCGGAGACGUUUGAGGAUGGCCCUUGAUGCUGCUCGAGGAAUGAAUUAUUUGCACAACUGCACUCCAAUGAUAGUACACCGUGAUUUAAAGUCCCCAAAUCUUCUGGUUGAUAAAAACUGGGUAGUGAAGGUAUGUGAUUUUGGGCUAUCACGAAUAAAGCACAGCACGUUUCUCUCUUCAAGGUCAACUGCAGGGACGGCUGAGUGGAUGGCCCCAGAAGUGCUUAGAAAUGAACCUUCAGAUGAAAAGUGUGACGUUUAUAGUUUUGGGGUUAUACUAUGGGAGCUCUGUACAAUGCAGCAACCGUGGGGUGGAAUGAACCCAAUGCAAGUUGUUGGUGCUGUUGGAUUUCAACAACGACGUCUUGACAUUCCAAAUGAUAUGGAUCCAGUCAUUGCGGAUAUUAUUCGGAAGUGCUGGCAGACGGAUCCGAAAUUGAGGCCAACAUUUGCAGAGAUCAUGGCUGCUUUGAAGCCAUUACAGAAGCCUAUAACCAGUGCACAAGUGCCAAGGCCAAGUUCAUCUACACGAGGUAGGCAUGAGAAAGGUAAGCUGUCACAAGAAGCAGAAUAGCAGGCAGGCUAACGGAGCAAGUUAGUGAUGAAGCCGAACUUCAGCUCAUUUGAUCGCCAAAAUAUGGAGGCAAAUUAUGGACUGUCUGGGACAAGAGUACACAUCGAACUACGAAAAUAUAGAGGAAAUAUAUGGACUGUUUGGUACAAGAAUACGAGAGAUAUUGAUCGAAGAUCAUAACCCAACAUAACUUCCAAUUUGAGAUGAUUGUGAUUCUUUUCCAAUGUUUCCCUUUUUUUCUUUUGUAUUCUUGUGCAGCAAUCCUCAAUGUGUAUUUGUUUGUAAAAAAAAAAAAAAAAUCAUUUGAAAUUGUUGUAAUCAAUGUUUUGUGUUUUUCUUGUGCUUACA